AUGAAGGUGUCAAGUUCAGUCUUCUCUCUUUUUACCAAAAGACGGGGUUAUCCGGUCUCACAUAAUUUGGAAAACGGAUUGAAUGUCAUUCCUACGAUAUUGUCACGAAACUUUAUCAGCUUAAUAUUGGUCUUAUUACUCCUUACCUCGCCCACACUAUGUUUGAGCCAUAGUACACAUUCGAAUAAAGUCUGUUACUUGCUAUUACACUCCCGGCUACACCGUGAGUCUGAUAUCAUCCACCACCAUUAUAUAACCACCAACGAUGGAACCAUCAGAAAAGCACUUAAUAUCUACACAGCAAACACGCUGGAACCAUUAGUCACUGUUGUUGGCAAUGAUGUUGAUGUAUUGGUCAAUAGUAUGUCAGGACUUAACGAACUUGGUGACGACAUGACAUACGUAUCUGAAUUUGACUACUGUUCUUACUUGUGCAUUAUGAAGUCUAAAACUCACACGAGUGCAAACUUGGAGGAAAGACGAGUGAUUGAGCAGUAUGACAAAUAUCACCGACAUUCUAACCAACUUGAAACUGUCGAAGACGAGUUACCUAGAGAAAAACGAUCGCAGGCAUGUCCUCCUUCUAUAAAAUGUAAAGUGAGACAUGAUUGUGUUAAAUAUGGCGAUUUGUGUAACACAUGUGAAGUUGAAGUUUGGUCAAUGAAUACCGGAACUUGUAAAGGAGAAGAUGAACAUGAAACAUAUAGAGGAGCUACCGGUCCUUUAGGUAUCUUUCAUGAGUUUCGUGCAAGUAGGGGUACGUUUCUUGAGACCGUUCACUUCAUGUCGAUAGCUUUCUAUAAAAAAGGAGUCAGCAAUUGA